GGCUCCUCCGGCCACCAUGGCUCCUUUGGUGGAGUUCUUCACCGCGACCUUGAUCUGCUCAUGAGCAGAGAUCUCACAGCAGAGCCGGACAACAUCAUCCAGCCGCGGGCCCAUCCUGACGUUUCACACCGCAAAGACAACCCAUCCGCCGCUGAUAAACAAGUUUUUGAUCACAACAAUCACAGAAGAAGGAGAAAAAGGAGAAGACAUCAGGAUUGCUCGUCGUGAACAACAUAAUUCUGUUUGAGGAGAUCGUAAAAGAGACGUGGGGAUGAUUGGGAAGAUUCUUUCUCAUCUACUUGGAAACUCGGGGGAGGACCCAGAAGCAGCAGAUGAUGCUCACGAUAAGAUGACUGAGUUUGAGGAGGAGGGAUGGGUCGUUGUUAACCUCCCAGAGGACGGACCCCUGUUGGCCCCUGAAGCGAACCCUUUUGAGAACCUGCUGAUUGAGCACCCCAGUAUGUCUGUCUACCAGAUGAGGUGCACGUUGGCUGAAGCCGAGGAGGAGGAGGAGUUAGUUUCUGAUGAAGAUGAGGAGGAAACCUCCAGGCCAGUGGCUGUGAGGCGGCACGUUUCCUGGCACCUUGCAGCCUGGGGGAUCCCUCUGCCAUGUAACGUCCACUUGCUGUCUGCUCAGAGGGCCAGGAGCCAGGCAGAGAGGAAGAAGCUGGGCCGCAGCGUUCUCCACAGGCAGAACCUGGUCAAGACACGGUUCUCCUCGGGAGACAAACGCUACGGUCACCUAAAGCGCCCUUGCCAGCACGUGUACAACUACUGAAACAAGCAAGAGGUCAGCAGUCAGUCUCUGGCACAGACUUACUCAGGUUUUCUGUCAUUAUGCAACCGUGCUUUAAUAACUGUGCCUUAAACGAAACAAGAUGUGAGGUUCACCUUGUGCAAUGAUGAAACGGCAAAGGUUUGCACUGCAGCCAUCUGAAACCACUGAAAACAAAUAAACCUCAGUCCUGCAACCACAACAAAUACAUAGAUAAAAAUCAAGUUAUGCCUCUUAAGAUGAAAUACAUUUGUGAGAAAUGGUCAUUUUUCUAAAAAUCGUUAAUAUUGUAAACUAUCAAAUAUGAAGAGCAGAGUUGUGUGGCUUGUGUGAUUUUGAACAAAAGUGAGUUUUAUUGUGCGUAUCCAUGUGUUUCAAAAUGUUUGAGGUGUUCAGCAAGUUAUUUUCAUAUUUCUUUUACUGAUGUGUUUUAUGACAAUGUUCCAAAUAUAAAAGGCUGAAACCUGCAGAGUAUUUUGUUUUCGUACAUGAUGAUUAUCAUUUACUGCAGAGGGUCGUUUGUGUUUACCUGCCAUGUUUGUUAUUGACAUGUACAGUAUUCAUGCCACGAAAAGAUGUGAUUUGAAUUUCUUCA